GCGGUGCGGCGGCGGCCGGCGCGGUGCGCUCCCAGUCGGUCCGCUGAGGUGACGCGAGCAGGGUGUGUGUCGCUGGAGCGCGCGAGUACCGAGCCGGAGCGGCCGCGUGUGAUGCCCGAGAGCCGAGCCGUGUGCCGCCACCAGUGACCGGUCCGCGAGACAGCGUCGUGUCGGUGCUGACGGCAAUGGCCGCUCAUAGUCACCGUCCCCUGAUGAGUCUGCUGCUCGUGACUCUGUUUGAUGUGGUGUUUCUGUUUGGAGUCACAUCAGGAGUGAAAAACUAUGUCGUCCACUGGAAUACGACCAACCCAAUAUUCCAGAUCAGCAACACAGACCACAUCAUCGACGUCAACAAGGGCAACAACCUGUUCGAGUACGACCAGGUGACCAUCAUCUGCCCCAACUACGACGAGUUCACCAAGGAGGAGGACACUGAGAAAUACAUCAUUUACAACGUGUCCAAAGAAGAGUACGACACGUGCCGAAUCACGGACCCGAACCCGCGGAUAAUCGCCGUCUGCGACAAGCCGUACAAGCUGAUGUUCUUCACCAUCACAUUCCGGUCAUUCACACCUCAGCCGGGAGGGCUAGAGUUCCGGCCCGGCCAGGACUACUUCUUUAUCUCCACGUCCGCUCGGGGAGAUAUGCUGAGGAGGAUCGGCGGUCGGUGCUCCACGCACAACAUGAAGGUGGUCUUCAAGGUGUGCUGCAACGACACCGAUACCAACCACAUCGACACACCGGCCCUGCCGGGUCCCUCCGAGGAGUCUGAGGCUCCUUCGACCACCACUACCACUGAGGCGUGGCUGCCGCCGCGUACCUCAGCCACCACCACACGGCGGCCGGGCACGCGGCCCCACUUCAAGGACCUGCACAAGGACAUCUACGGAGAGGUGCUCUCUAUCGAUGUCAACACCAAGAAAUCAGAUGAGUACGACAGGAAGAAGCAGCAUCCGAACGACGUGUACGCCAAAAACGAAGGGCUGACGUCUUCGGCGGCGGGCCGCUCGGUCCGGCACAGAGACUCGCACACUGUGCUCCUCUCCAGUAUAGCCGGCCUGCUAUUACUGCGGCUGGUGGCACGGUGAGCCUCCCACGUGGAGGCUAGCCGCUGUAAAUGUGUGUACAGCUGUGGCGGACGUGGACAUGUGAUGGUGCCAUCUAUGGGCGGACGAAGCAAGCUCUGGUUCGCCGCCUGUGGUGGCGCUGCGGUCGCUGCGGAGACACCGGGAGAAGCUUUACAAUGUGAUGGAAGAUAUUUUACCGGUCAUAUCUGUUUGUGACGCGAUCAUUGUGAUAGCCCUGCUCCGGCGGGCCCAACCUGUGUAAACGUGUACAUAAGUCAUAGCAGUAUAGCCGCAUCGCAUCUGAUUAUUUCACAAUGGCAGCCCCUGUUCUUGGGCGGGGACGGGGCACGGCGCGUGCCGCUCGGGAGUCUGUGGGACGGUGCCCCUGCCGGGCCCGCGCGCACCAGGCAAGUGCCUCUCCGUCCGCCCGCUGGUCUGCACGGCGAGGGGCGCCAUUCCUGCCAGUAAGCCGGCGACCUGUGACCCACGGGUCGGCCGAGGGUGAUGUGCCGUGCGGCCGAGUGUGUGUCGGAGCCCAACAUGCUUUCCGGGCUGCCAUUGUCGGUCGUCUCAUCGUGCUUGUGAGAUUGUGUGAAUGUUGCCAGGUUAGGACCUUCGAUUCCUCGAUUAACGGAUGACUUUCCCAGUUACCCACGCGAGAAGUGCUCUCUCGAGUGGUUGGCCGGGCUGGUUUCAUUAGUUCAACGUUCCUGAUGGUUCGAAACGAGGCCGGCACGACUCCGAAAUCGGACCAGCCAUCUUCCUCUGCCACGCAUGGCCAAAUGAGAACUUGUGUUUAGUAUCAAAAUGUUGUGUGCCAUACCACAUUGUUCUUGUUACAUCUGGCUUUGCGUAAGCCUGACGUGCUAAGUUUUGUACGUACACACACUGACUUAGUCCAAAUCACUUCGAACGUGUCUGAGAGACUGACAAGCCGAUGGGCGAUCCAUGUUUGUUUUACUUUCUCGAUAACCUGACCGUAUGUUAUGUUGAGUCUUACCUGGACAUUUCGCAGUGCUUUUAUAUCUAUUUUGUACAUAAAUAAUAAAUGCUCGUCAUGAAUGA